CGAGACGUAAACGAGUUGUAUGAGGUAUUGAUAUUUCAAAAGAUAUGAUCGACGUUGCCAGACAAAAGUAUCAACGCUCAAACUUGACGUAUGAAGUUGCAGACGCUAAAAACUUCGCCGAAAAUUUUCCCAAGUGGAAUGGUACAUUUGAUAAAGUUGUUUCAGUCCAUGCUUUACACUGGGUAGAGGAUAAAGUUAGUGCAAUGCGCAACAUUUACGAUUGCCUAACAAUAGGCGGGGAGUGUUUUCUCUUGUUCUGUGGACCGUUGCAUCAAAUGCUAGGCCAAAACCAAGAUGAACUUCCUUAUUUUUUGAAACAUCACAGUAAAUGGAACAAAUACCUUGAGGGUUACGUUCAUAGAAUGUACAAUCAGUUCGACCUGGAUGACACCCGGAAAUUGUUGGAAUCUGUAGGUUUUGAAGUGCUUAGUGGAACGUCAAAUACGCCAUGUGAUAAUCUCGAAAUUUCAGGUCAAGAUGAAAUAAAAGAAUACCUGCGUACACUCCUUGGGCACCUAGUAUAUUUGCCAGGGCAGUAUCACACAGAGUUUCUUCAAGAUGCGAGCGACUGGUGUACACAAAACUUUGCAGUUAAUCAACUAGGAAACAUGUACUGUAAAGUGACAAUAAUUGUCGUUCAUGCUAUUAAAAAUUGAAGCAUUUAUAUUAUGCAAGUCUCUCUCUAAUUAAGGCACCCUCCAUAUAAAUACAACUUUUUUUGUGGCUCUAUGUUCAAAACCAAAGCUCAUAAACACCGUUGAAAUCCCUGUCACAAAAGUGGGCUUGGAUGGACACCUGUAAGUAACUUUAUUGCUUCUCUUUUAUAACAGAGGCACAGCCGUAAAGACGUGCAACAAUAACAAAAUCAGUAAAAACUUAAUUACUGUGAUAAAAUGUAGUAAGAAAAUACUGCGGUAGA